AUGUCUACUCGCCGCGCAACUCACGCGGGCAGCUGGUACUCUGAUAACGCCGACGAGCUUAGCGGGCAGCUCGAUAGCUGGCUCGACAUCGUGCCCAAUCCAGUAAGUGAAAUCGAACCCGCUGGCGACAAAACCCCCGUGCCCAUCCAGGGAGCACGAGCAAUCAUCGGACCGCAUGCCGGAUAUAGCUACAGCGGAAGCAAUGCAGCCUUUGCAUACAAAUGCAUCGACCCCACGCAGAUCAAGCGAGUGUUUAUUCUCGGCCCCUCGCACCAUGUCUUUCUUAACAACAGGUGCGCACUCAGCAAGUGCAAGGAGUACAGCACGCCGCUGGAAUUGAAGGGGCAUGGGAAUUGGCAGACAAUGAGCCGGGAUGUGGAUGAGGACGAGCAUAGCUUGGAGAUGCAUCUGCCGUAUAUUUUCAAGAUAUUUGAACGGCAGAUCGAUCGGGUUUCUUUGGUUCCUAUUUUGGUAGGUAGCCUGAGAUUCGACGGCGAGCAGUAUUAUGGCGAGCUACUGGCGCCGUAUCUGGCCGACCCGCAAAACCUAUUUGUCAUUUCGUCGGAUUUCUGCCACUGGGGCAGCCGCUUCAAAUACACGUACUACCAGGAAUUGAGCCCCGACGGACAGCAACCCACUGGCCGAGCGACGCACCUGGGUAAAGCGCGCGGCGGCGGCGGCGGUGGCAGGCAGCUGCCCGGGGACACUCCAAUUUGGAAGUCUAUCCGCAAGCUUGACUGGGACGGGAUGGAGGUUGUUGCGCGUAUGGAUCAUGCGGGAUUCAGGCGCUAUUUGGACGGCACAGAGAACACCAUUUGCGGAAGACACCCUAUUGGCGUACUGUUGGCUGCUGUAAAUAAGCUGUAUCCCCACCCCCUGGCAGAGGGGGCCCUGGAGGGGCAGCAUAAUGGUGGCGGUGAUGAGGUUGAUUGGCCGCGGCUGCACUUUGUCAAGUAUGACCAGUCGAGCAAAGCCGUUGGUCCGGCAGAUUCCUCGGUGAGCUAUGCAUCAGCAUACCUGUAUUUGCCAAGUCUGAAUAUGUAAACAUACAUGAUUCUUUUUUUGGAAAAAGCGGUCAUGCGGAGGUGCAUUUUUUUGCUUUCAAUCGAAUAAAACAUUUUUUUACUUCUGUAUCAAUUAAAAUGAGGAGCAGAAUAUAUAUACAUACAGUAUAUAUUAGGCGAUGCAAGAUUGGCAC